UUCUCUCAGAGAGAUCACUUCACUCCACAGAUCACUUCCACUGAGGAGCCAGGAGACGCUAUCGCCUCAUCAUCCUCUCCCCGGUCACCAUGUUCUAUGCAGUGCGGAGAGGCCGCCAGCCCGGUGUCUAUAACAGCUGGGAUGAAUGCAAAGAUCAGGUGAACCGCUAUCCAUAUGCGAGAUACAAAAAGUUCCCAACUUAUGAGCAAGCCCUACACUUCUUACGUGGAUCUGACAACUCCUCCAAGUCAUCUUAUAAACAAGCAAUGACUGAAUGGAUUCCGAGGGGGAAGGAAAAUGGCUGCACUACCUUGUAUGGAGAAGAAGUUGUCAAUAAGGAAGAAUUUGAAAAGCUUGAUAACCUGUGUAAAGAGCUUGAUGUCAAAUGGGCAGCCAGCAGAGCUGUGGAACAAGCUCUUGACCACAGUAUUGCCAGUCUGAAUGUUUGUACUGACAGCCAGUUUACUAUAAAGGGAAUGACUGAAUGGAUUCCGAGGGGGAAGGAAAAUGGCUGCACUACCUUGUAUGGAGAAGAAGUUGUCAAUAAGGAAGAAUUUGAAAAGCUUGAUAACCUGUGUAAAGAGCUUGAUGUCAAAUUGACACAUGUCCCAGGACACUGCGGCAAUCCAGAAAAUGAAAUGGCAGACUGGCUAGCCAGAAAAGGAACAAGAAAAUAAAAUUGUUACUUUUACAUUGUGCAAUAUAAUAGUUAAAUACUUUCAUUUAUAUUAACAUUUUGUACUAUAUUACAAGUAUCAUCCUACACAAUGUGUUUACAGCAUGAUUAAAUAUAGUCGUUUCUUUGC